AUGGGGGACCCGCCUCCGGACCCUGAGCCCCCUUACCAGCAGCUGUCCGAUCGGCGGCGCAGUCAGGACCACUCUCAGCCCCAGAUGGUAGCACCCGAGGAGGUGGAGCAGAUACCAUUCGACGACGCCCAGAUCGUGCCGCCAGAGCGGCAGGACAGUCAGGAGAUCCUGGCCCAGACCAACCUCCCGGGCUGGUCAUGGGGGUCAAGCCUGUCCCCACAUGAGAACUUGCCCAUGUCCCAGGCCUUCCAAGCCGAGGAACUGCAGAUGAGUGGUAUGCAGUACCCGUCCAUGAGUACGGGCUAUCCCUUGGAGUUCCAGACCCAACCUUACAUGUAUGAAAGCAGGAUGCAGGCCACCGAAGGCACCGCCAUCCUAAUGCAGCAGCUACAAGAGGGCCAGGGCAGCCUCUUCCAGCAACUGGAGUCCACCUACCAGGACCCCAGGCCCGACUUCUUGGGCCAGUUCAGCAUGUACCAGAGAGAAGACCAACUGUUCGAUGAAGGCGCCCCACACGGGCCCUACGUAAGGGAUGACCCUGCCCUUCAUUUCUCGCCCUCUGAGCUGGGCUUCCCGCCCUUCAGUACAGAGGUGCCAGAGCCAGGGCCUCGAGAGCUGGCUGUGAAGAACGCCAAGGCCUACCUACUGCAGACCAGUAUCAAUUGCGACCUCAGCCUGUAUGAGCACCUGGUGAACCUGCUGACCAAGAUCCUGAACCAGCGGCCCGAGGACCCCUUGUCCAUCCUGGAGUCACUGAACCGCACCACCCAGCGGGAGUGGUUCCAGCCCAAGCUGGACACACUGCGGGACGACCCCGAGAUGCAACCCACCUACGAAAUGGCGGAGAAGCAGAAGGCACUGUUCCUCCGGAGCGGAGGCGGCGGAGAGGGCGAACCGGAGGUGGAGGAGGAGGCGACUGAGACAGCGGUGCCCAACGUCAUGGAGACAGCCUUCUACUUCGAGCAGGCCGGCGUGGGUCUCAGUUCGGACGAGAGUUUCCGUAUCUUCCUGGCCCUGAAGCAGCUGGUGGAGCAGCAGCCCAUCCACACGUGCCGCUUCUGGGGCAAGGUCCUGGGGCUCCGCCGCAGCUACCUGGUGGCCGAGGUGGAGUUCCGGGAGGGCGAGGAGGAGGAGGCGGAGGAGACGGUGGAGGGCAGCGAGGUCACGGAGGCGCACGGCGAGGAGGAGGGCGACGAGGACGAGGAGAAGGUCGUGGACAUCGUGCCCAAGCCCACGUGGAAGCCGCCGCCCGUCCCCCCCAGGGAGGAGAGCCGCUCGGGCGCCAACAAGUACCUGUACUUCGUGUGCAACGAGCCGGGCCGGCCGUGGACGCGGCUGCCCCACGUCACGCCGGCCCAGAUCGUGGCCGCCCGCAAGAUCAAGAAGUUCUUCACCGGCCACCUGGACGCGCCGGUCACCAGCUUCCCGCCCUUCCCGGGCAACGAGGCCAGCUACCUGCGGGCCCAGAUCGCCCGCAUCUCGGCCGCCACGCACGUCAGCCCUCUCGGCUUCUACCAGUUUGCAGAGGAGGAGGGAGAUGAGGAGGACGAGGGAGGCGCCGGGCGCGACUCCUACGAGGAGAACCCCGACUUCGAGGGCAUCCCGGUGCUGGAGCUGGUCGACUCCAUGGCCAACUGGGUGCACCACGUGCAGCACAUCCUGCCGCAGGGCCGCUGCAGUUGGGUGAACCCUCUGCAGAAAUCAGAGGAAGAAGAGGAGCUGGGGGAGGAGGAAGAAAAAGCAGAUGAGGUGUUGGAGGAGGUGGAGCAGGAGGUUGGGCCCCCACUGCUGACGCCGCUCUCAGAAGAUGCAGAAAUAAUGCACCUGUCACCCUGGACCGCCCGCCUGUCCUGCAGCCUCAGCCCGCAGUAUUCCGUGGCCGUCGUGCGUUCCAACCUCUGGCCCGGGGCCUACGCCUAUGCCAGGGGCAAGAAGUUUGAGAAUAUCUACAUUGGCUGGGGCCACAAGUACAGCCCGGAGAACUUCAACCCUGCGCUGCCAGCCCCCAUUCAGCAUGAGUACCCCAGCGGCCCAGAGAUCAUGGAGAUGAGUGACCCCACAGUGGAGGAGGAGCAGGCCCUCAAGACUGCCCAGGAGCAGGCUCUGGCCGCUGCAGAGGAGGAGGAGGAGGAUGAGGAGGAAGAUGAGGAUGAGGACCUGGAUGACUGA